UUAAUUACCUUUAAAGCAAAAAGGCCCCAGGAGCUCCCCCCCCCCACCCCUUUCUGGUCGAAGCACGGCCCACAGCGCGACCGUGAGAGAAAGUUUAAAAGCGGGCGGUUUCCUCCUCGCCUCCCCGCGGAGGGGUGGGGGGAUCUGUUUGUCCGUCUGCGCUCGGAGAGAGGUGGGGGUCACGAGCCGCCCUCCGGGGUCGCGAAGCCCGGGGCUCUUACCCCACCCUUCCACGGGGAGACGAAGUGCUAGACCUUUGGGAGAAGUCUUGAGGGUAGACGGCAAUCCUAAAGACCACCACACAGUUCCUUCUUCACUGCUCCUAGAGGACCGUGCCCACGUUUACAAAAUGAAGUGAAGAGCUCUUUUGGUUCAUUGGGUGGUGCUGUGUCGCCAUGGGAGUUAUAUAACAUCCCUGUUCUACGAGGUUAAAAACUAAAUCAUGACUGACUCUGCCUCUAGCACAAGUGGUCAAGAGUUUGAUGUCUUCAGUGUUAUGGACUGGAAAGAUGGAGUAGGCACCUUACCGGGAAGUGACUUAAAGUUUCGGGUAAAUGAGUUUGGAGCCCUGGAAGUUAUUACAGAUGAGAGCGAAAUGGAAAAUGUUAAAAAAGCAACAGCUACCACAACCUGGAUGGUACCAACCGCUCAAGAAGCCCCGACCUGUCCCCUGAGCUCCAGGCCCGUAUUUCCACCUGCCUACUGGACAUCUCCACCUGGAUGUCCCACAGUCUUUUCAGAGAAGACUGGGAUGCCUUUCAGGUUGAAGGAUCCAGUGAAAGUAGACGGGCUUCAAUUCUGUGAGAACUGUUGUCAGUAUGGCAACGUAGAUGAGUGUCUUUCUGGAGGAAACUAUUGCAGCCAGAAUUGCGCUCGGCAUAUCAAAGACAAAGAUCAGAAGGAGGAAAGAGACAUGGGAGAAGACAAUGAGGAAGAAGAUCCUAAGUGUAGUAGGAAGAAAAAACCAAAAUUAUCUCUGAAAGCCGACUCCAAGGAGGAUGGAGAAGAGCGGGAUGAUGAAUUGGAGAACAAACAAGAUGGAAGAAUCCUGAGGGGCUCACAGAGGGCCCGAAGGAAAAGACGGGCUGAUUCGGCUGUGUUGAAGCAGGGUUUGCCUCCUAAAGGAAAGAAAACUUGGUGCUGGGCAUCCUACCUGGAAGAGGAAAAAGCUGUGGCAGUGCCAGCGAAACUGUUCAAGGAGUAUCAAUCCUUCCCAUAUAACAAAAAUGGGUUUAAAGUUGGCAUGAAAUUAGAAGGCGUGGACCCCGAGCAUCAGUCCGUGUAUUGCGUCCUCACUGUGGCUGAGGUUUGUGGAUACCGGAUAAAACUGCACUUUGAUGGGUAUUCUGAUUGCUAUGACUUCUGGGUAAAUGCAGAUGCUCUGGAUAUUCACCCCGUUGGGUGGUGUGAGAAGACUGGCCAUAAACUCCAUCCUCCGAAAGGUUAUAAAGAAGAAGAAUUUAAUUGGCAGACCUAUCUUAAGACAUGCAAAGCUCAAGCUGCUCCCAAGUCAUUAUUUGAAAAUCAGAAUAUAACAGUGAUCCCAUCAGGCUUUCGAGUUGGAAUGAAGCUUGAAGCCGUAGACAAAAAGAAUCCUGGGUUCAUCUGUGUUGCUACGGUAACAGAUAUGGUGGACAAUCGUUUCCUCGUGCACUUCGACAACUGGGAUGAGAGCUAUGACUAUUGGUGCGAAGCCUCUAGUCCACACAUCCAUCCAGUUGGUUGGUGUAAAGAACAUCGAAGAACCCUUAUCACUCCUCCAGGUUAUCCAAAUGUGAAACAUUUUUCUUGGGAUAAAUACUUGGAAGAAACCAGUUCUUUACCUGCUCCUGCGAGAGCUUUCAAAGUGAAACCUCCACAUGGAUUCCAGAAAAAAAUGAAGCUUGAGGUCAUAGACAAAAGAAAUCCCAUGUUUGUUAGAGUAACGACAGUUGCAGACACGGAUGACCACCGAAUAAAAGUUCACUUUGAUGGCUGGAAUAGUUGCUAUGAUUACUGGAUAGAUGCAGAUUCUCCUGAUAUUCACCCCGUGGGCUGGUGUUCAAAGACCGGGCAUCCUCUUCAGCCUCCUUUGAGCCAAUUAGAAUUAAUGGAAGCUUCGGAACACGGUGGAUGCUCGACCCCAGGAUGUAAAGGGAUUGGCCAUUUUAAGCGAGCGAGACACCUGGGCCCUCACAGUGCUGCCAACUGUCCAUAUUCAGAAAUCAAUUUGAAUAAAGACCGAAUUUUUCCAGACCGCCUAAGUGGUGAGAUGCCCCCGGCGAAUCCAUCGUUUCCGAGAAAUAAAAGGACAGACACAAAUGAAAUCUCUUCAUCUCCUGAAAUCAGAGACCAGCAUGCUGAUGAUGUCAAAGAAGACUUUGAAGAGAGAACAGAAAGUGAAAUGAGGACAUCACAUGAAGCCAGAGGUGCCCGGGAAGAGCCCAGCGUGCAGCAGGCCCAGCGUCGGUCGGCUGUCUUUCUGUCCUUUAAGUCUCCAAUUCCAUGUCUGCCCUUGCGCUGGGAGCAGCAGAGCAAGCUUCUCCCAACGGUUGCCGGCAUUCCUGCCAGUAAAGUUUCCAAAUGGAGCACAGACGAGGUGUCAGAAUUCAUACAGAGCUUACCUGGGUGUGAAGAACAUGGAAAGGUAUUUAAAGAUGAACAAAUCGAUGGAGAAGCAUUUCUGCUUAUGACCCAAACAGACAUUGUUAAAAUAAUGAGCAUUAAGCUGGGCCCUGCUCUCAAAAUUUUCAAUUCCAUCCUGAUGUUCAAAGCAGCAGAGAAGAACUCUCACAAUGAACUUUGAAGAUGGUGAAUUUUGAAUACCAUCAGCUUUCUGCUUUAAAGCUCAUGUUUUAUUCAAAGCACAAGGACAGUUAUAACUCCUAAGUGAGAAGUCUCCAAAACUGAAAAGAGCGAUGCUAUCAGAUUAUUUAUAUUCCCCAAGAGACAAUGUAUAUGAAUUCCUAUGAAAGUGCUCGAGCUUUUAACCAGGUACUGUCGAACAACAGUCAUCUUUUGGUUCUGUUCACUGAGCUAAAUUUAUCUUUGUAAAUCUUUUUGAGGCUGGGGGUGGGGGGCAAGGGGACUUCAUUAAUUAUUUAUGGAUAAAGGGAGGGCAGAGUAAGAACUUUUGGCAUUUUGUAAACAUUGUUGAAUUCUCUUUCAUGUACACUGUUUCUUUUUCACUACUUUCAGGAAUCUUUUUAUAUAAUCAGAUUUCAACUUAAACCAAAUUAGUCAAAACCUGGCUAAGUGUAGCCGGUGGGACUGUUAUGUGUAUUAAUUCUGUGCCAUAUUUUGAAUUGCAACAUUAUGCUAAGUAUAACUUUGCAAGUCAUGAUAUUGCCUAACUGCUUGUCAUAAUUUGUUGGGGCUGAAUAGUUGUAAAAAUUACUUUUCUUUAAAUCAGUGUUUUUACUUUUGCACGUAUUAUGAAAUGUUAAACAGAUUACUUUUCACCAGCAUCUUUACGAUAAUUACCAAAAACAUGUAUAUAAAUGAUGGAAUUGAAAAAUAAAAUAUAUAAACAUAAAUAAAUUAGGUGAUGUAUUUGAAUGGCAUCAGUCUCGUA